CAAUAAUUGCUACACUAUCCUCAGAAUUUGUGGUCAUACCAACAUGAACACCUUCAAGGGGAAGAAGCUGUUCUUCAUAUCCACCUACGGAUUCUUGAUGAUGUUCUUGCCUCUACAAGUUUCUUAUUCAAGUGACACAAUAUUAACAAAUCAGUCUCUUUCAGGAUUUGAGACCAUUGUCUCGAGGAAUGGGGUCUUCGAACUCGGUCUCUUCUCACCAGGUAUUUCUAGUUUGUUCUACUUAGGCAUAUGGUACAAGCAAAUUGUUCCAAAGACUAUAGUUUGGGUGGCAAAUCAAGAAUCUCCUGUCCCAAAGAUAGCUUUUGUCAACUUAAGUUUAUCACUUGGAAGCUUAGUUCUGUAUGAUAAUUAUACUGAGCUUCCAAUUUGGUGGAGCGCCAGUAUUGAUUCUAACAGCAGCGCAGAUGUUCAAGCUGUUCUGCUUGAUAGUGGUAAUCUUAUCCUUAGAGAUGGACCUACUUCAUCUGCCGCCGUGUUGUGGCAGAGUUUUGAUUAUCCCUCGGAUACUUGGCUUCCUGGUGCUAAAAUCCGGUGGAACACUACUAGCAAAUUUAUCACUAGUUGGAACACCUUGGAAGAUCCAUCACCGGGACGCUACUCUCUCCAGGUUGACCCUAUUACAAGGAAGUCUCUCAUCAUACUUUUAAAUGAAACUAAAUCAUAUUGGUCUAGUGGUGCAUGGGAUGAUCGACGUAGAAUCUUCAAGAAAGUUACAGCCCGUAACUUGAGCUUUGAAUUCAACCUGAAUGAGUCAUACGUCACCUAUUCAGUACGUUACCAAAAUCCAUUUCGUUUGGUUAUGGAUGUUUCUGGACAGUUAACGGCCUAUAACUGGCUUGAGAAGCACCAGAUGUGGGAUGCGUCAUGGUCGGCUCCAGAUCAUAAAUGUGAGGUUUAUGGUUACUGUGGUUCGUUCGGAAUCUGUUAUGAGAAUUCGUCUUGCAAAUGUGCUCCUACUUUUAGACCAGCAUAUAUUGAGGGCAUAUACAUAUACUCAAAUGACUCAUCUGCUGGUUGCGUGAGUGAAAUAAAUUUAGCCACGAAUCAAUGUGGCAAGGAAACCGACAAGUUUCUUCCUCUUUAUAACAUCAAAGCAGCCACUGAUCCGGAUCCGAAUCCGGAUCCGCUAGAAGAUACUCCUCUGACUACGACAUGUGAAUCAACUUGCCUAGGUUACUGUUUCUGCAAGGCCUAUGCAUACGAUGGAAACCGGUGCUUGAUUUGGACAAGUAAUGACAUCUUCAACCUGCAACAACUUGAUGCAAAUAACAGCGAGGGUAGGACGUUUUAUGUCAGGCUUGUUUACUCAGACUACAUCUCAAAGGACAUCUCAAGCGACAUCUCAAACAAAGGAAGAAGAAACCACCGUAAAGUCAGAACCCUUAUGCUAGCCGUUUUACUACCAUUAUUAGUAGUAGCUGCACUAUCCAUUAGUUUGUAUUGUUACUGCUUUUCAUCUCCACCAAGAAGCAAAAGAGCGCAAAAAGAUUAUUUUUCAGACAAAGAACAGAGUAAAAAGAUACUUGAAGGAGGUAUAAUAGAUGCAGAAGUUGAUGAUCAAGAACAGAUGUUAUACCUUAAUUUACUUGAUAUAAUGGCUGCAACAAAUGCUUUCUCAGAGGAAAACAAGUUAGGGGAAGGUGGUUUUGGUCCGGUCUACAAGGAAAAUCUACCAAACGGCACUCAUGUGGCGAUCAAAAGGUUGUCAAAAAAGUCAAGUCAGGGUCUGAUAGAGUUCAAGAAUGAAGUGGUUUUGAUCAUAAAACUUCAGCACAAGAACCUUGUGAAGCUUUUAGGAUAUUGCGUGGAAGGAGACGAGAAGCUCCUUAUCUACGAGUACAUGUCUAAUAAGAGCCUUGAUGCUUUACUCUUUGACACUCUUAAAAGCAAGGAACUGGAUUGGGAGAAGCGUAUGAAAAUAAUAACUGGGACGACAAAAGGACUUCAGUAUCUGCAUGAAGAUUCACGUCUCAAGAUCAUCCAUAGAGAUCUUAAGGCAAGCAACAUUCUUCUCGACGAUGAGAUGAAUCCUAAGAUCUCCGGUUUUGGAGCCGCAAGGAUCUUUGGUUGCAAACAGAUCGAUGACAGCACCCAAAGAAUUGUCGGAACAUUCGGCUACAUGUCACCGGAAUAUGCCUUAGGCGGAAUGAUUUCAGAGAAAUCGGAUAUUUAUAGCUUUGGAGUAUUGCUUUUAGAGAUCGUAUCAGGCAAAAAGGCAACGAGGUUUGUUCACGACAGAACACACAGCAUUAUCGCUUAUGCAUGGGGAUCUUGGUGUGAGACAAAAGGUGUAAGCAUCAUAGAUGAAUCUCUGGGAGAUUCAUAUUCUUUGAAAGAAGUGAUGCGGUGCGUUCACAUCGCUCUUCUUUGCGUUCAAGAUCAUCCUAAAGACAGACCCACGAUUUCACAAAUUGUUUAUAUGCUGAGCAACGAUCACGAUCUCAGGGUUCCAAUACCGCCUACAUUCACAAACGUUUUGAACUGCAAUCAUGGAUUACCACCGUCUGACUAUGUGUUCUCUAUUAACGAAGCUACGCAAUCAACAAUGGAAGGACGAUGAAUACCUGCUUAAGAGAUUGAAUCUGAUUCUACUUGAAAUUAUGUUAUUUUUCUCCUUAAAAGUUAUAUAUGUUACAAGACAAUUAGAUACAACACACAAAAAUUGUUACAUGUUCAAUGAGGCAACUCAGCUUCAACUUCG